GUCGAUCUCCUGUUAGUGAUCAUAAUUCUUGUGCUACUCGGCGUCGCCGCGCCUAUCAUCCGUGGAGAUUAUUGCGUUUAAUCUUCGACAACUAAAGCUAAUUUACUUCCGUAAGAAACUGAAGUUUUGUGCCAAGACUCUCUCUGAAAGGAGAUAAUCAUCAAAAGGAAAUUAUCAUCUUGGUCCACAGUACAUGUUUGUUCUUUUAUUAAUGUCACGACAUCAACUGCACAGUUCCGCAUCACUCAAAACGGAAAAACUAUAACGAGAAAGGUGGAUUGGAUCGACAAAAAUGGCUCCUUCAAAAACGACUUGCCAUAUAUACAACGAGAAAGAUCAAGGAGAUGAAUUAGAUCUCAAGAAUCUAGCAGGGAGUACUACGGCUAGGAAUAUUAUCGAUUUACUUCUAGUGAUCAUAAUUCUUGUGUUACUCAGCGUUGCUGCGCCAUUAAUCCGAGGAGAUUACUGUGAAAGAAGUAAUGACGUCAGGAUCACUGGCGACGGAAAUACCUCCAAGUGCUUUGUAAACUCAUCUUGUAUGACAUUGACUGGAAAUAAUCACAGUGGCAGCUGUCAUUGUCAUGUUGGUUUUAAGUGGGAUGGCCAUGUUUGUUCAGAUAUCGAUGAGUGUGCAUCUGGAAACCAUUCAUGCCCAACGAAUAGUAGCUGCAAAAAUAUCUUUGGAUCAUAUAUUUGCGAAUGCUCCCACGGUUACGCGGAAAAACGACAUUGCAUCGACCUAGACGAAUGCAAACUCGAACUUCACGAGUGUGAUAAACAUGCUGACUGCACCAACACCAUGGGCUCGUAUAACUGCACUUGCCAAGCUGGUUUUUAUGGAGACGGACGUUCUUGUAGAAGUAUAUAAGUGAAGUCGAUACUUGCUUAUCCAUUACACCAUAGUACCAUAUACUUUUCUGGUUGAUUACAGAAGGAUCCUACGUGCUAUUUAUUGUAGUAGCCAUUCUGAAUUGAACCCCAGCAGAAACGAACAACAGCAGAAACAGCAACAGAAGAACUUAUAAAGUGAAACUAAUUUGAAAACUUUUAUUAUUUUGCUGUUGCUUGCCAAGUUCAAGUAAGCUAAGUGUGGGUAUGUCAUUUAUAUCGCGUCUUCAAUUAGAUUUAUGUAUGAUUUAAAAUGAUACUUUCGCAUUUAAAGGUACGGACUUGCGAUAAAAUGACAACUGACCGCAAACAUUCUCACUGAAAAAUAGAUCACCUUCAAAUGUCAGUUGAUAGGGAAAACAGGACUUUCAACAGUUUCAAAAAUAUGAUCCUUUUUUAAUUUUGUCAACAUUUGACUUGGCAAAAUAAGGUCCUACCGAGACUUGAACUCGGAUCGCUGGAUUCAGAGUCCAGAGUGCUAACCAUUACACCAUGGGACCACUGGGGCAUUAUCACAUUAAUUACUAUUCUAAGAUGCCACUGUUAGGAUUCUCACUCGGAUUUAAAGUGUUAUCGGAACUGUAUAAACCUCUUCCAUUGUC